CUGCCUCCAGCUGGGCCAGGCUGUGUCCCUGCCCUCCCUUGCGCAGGAAAGCAGCAGCUCUCAGGAAAGAGUUAAUCCCAGCGAGCCUUUGGGAUCCUUUGCUGGGGAGAGGGCUGAUCUUUUGUUUGUUUUGAAGCUGCUGGCAGGAAAGUGGGGAGGAGAAAAUUACCUAAGUGAUAGUGAGGUUGCCAUGAACUAUAUAAAACUGGGAAAUCAAAGCCGAGAAACUCCACCUCGCAGUCCUGAGCCACAAGCACAACCCCUGAAGAGAAACCCACCCCAGCAGCGAGUGAUCUCAAAGGCUUGAACUCCAACCAAGCUGCAUGAGCUCAGAGCUGCUGCGGGACUGAGCAGCCCGGGCUGUCCCGGCCGGAUCCCCGGGAGCUGCCCCGGGAGCAGGGAACGCGCCUCGGGGGAUCCUUGGGCAACUCCCACAGCCAUGAAGUGGAGGCAGCUCCUCUGCAUCGUCUGCCUGCUGGAGCUGGAUGGCUGCACUGCUGAGAGCACCACGGCCACCCCCAGCCCGACAGGCACAGGGGACAGCAGCAGAGGGACAGCCAGCACGGCCACCGCUGCCGCCACAGCCACGGGGGACACCAGCAGCAGCAAACCAACCUCUGCUGAAACCACAGCCGGCUCCGUGGCCACCAGCCCGGCAUCACCAGAGUUCCUUGGGCAGCUGAGGACAAGCCCCCAGCCCAGCACAGCCCUCACAUCGCUGCCGGGCUCCUCCCCAGGCUCCCAGGGCAGCUCGGGGGUCUCCACGAGCCAGAGCCCCCCGACCCAGCCCGGGGACAAGCCACACACCUCGUUCACCCCCAGCUCUGCGUCCAGCCCGGAGCAUCCUGCUGUCCCUGCGGCCACCACGGCCCUGCCCGCGGCCACGGCCAGCCCCCAGCCUGCCAUCAGCUGCCACGGCGCCAGGGACGAGGGGGACACCGCGGCCAUCUGCCUGCAGCUCAACGAGUCCAGCGCCUGCAAACACUUUUUGGAGAGGAAGGGAUUGGAUUUAUGGCAAGCACUGUGUGAGAAUAGAACCCACACCGUGGAGUCCCCCUGCGAGAUCAAGCUCGCUCCAUCCAGCCUGGACAGGGACUGUUUGCUCCUCAUCCUCAAAGGAGAGAAAGAUCCUGACAAACUUCUGAACACACUCCAGAGGUCUCACUGGGAAAAGUUUGGAAUAGAAUCCCUCAAAAAGGAGAGUGCGGGGAGCCGGCGGGACCCUUCUCAGAAGACGCUGAUCGCCCUGGUGACCUCUGGGCUGCUGCUGGCCUUCCUGGGGCUGGCCGGCUAUUUCCUGAUGAGGCGGCGCAGCUGGAGCCCCGCGGGACAGAGGCUGGCUGAAGACCCCUAUUACACGGAGAGCGGCAGCCAGGGGAACACCAUGCUGAUGUCACCCUCGCAGGAGCCGGCGGAGCUGCAGGAGAAGCCAAACCUGCCCAACCUCAACGGGGGCACCCAGGAGAACGGGACGGGCUCCAAGAACGGCCACUCGGGCCGGCAGCACAGCCCCGCCGACACCGAGAUGUGACCGCGGAGCCCCGGGGCACGCAGGAGAUCUGUGCACACACCGGGCACCGCAGACCUUCUGCUCCGUCACUAUUGUCUCUGUGGAGGACUCCAGAACCAGCCUAAAGCACAGCCAGGGCUGCCCAAGAGCAGCUCCUCCUCCUCCUCCUCCCGCUGACCACACAGGACACUUUCCUGCAGCUGUUCUCUGCUUUUGUUGUCAGAGGAACAUCAGGACAAAUGCCGGCGCCCUUUGCCCUCCCCAGCUUUCAGGCAGAGGCAGAGUCUGACUCCAGGCAGCCCCGAUUUCUGGUAGCAAUAUGUUAGGCUGACUAAAGUAGUUAAAUUGGGAUUGCAGUGACAAAAGCCUCUCAGGUUUCAGAUAGUUUUGGUUAACGGAGUUGUUUAUAAUCUCAUCUUUAUGUUUAAGCGCAGGAUUUCUUCCUCUUCUGAGGCCUUCAGGCAUUUAACCCCUUCCUGUCUUUCGGGCUCCUCUACUAUUUCCUACUCCAGCAGAAUUUGCUGAAGCUGUGUGUAAAACUUUCCACGUGGAAUUGAAGGCUGAAAUGUCAGCUUCUUUCUCUUUGAACCCUCCCAGGACUGUGUCCUGAAGGUUUUUUUAGAGGAAAAAACCUUUCCCAGCCUCUUCCUGCCAGGGGCUGGGGGUUGUGACAGGCAGAGCCAGCAAUUUAUCCCUCGAGGGGGAUGGAGAACACCGGGCAGGGCUGAGGGGCUCGCUGGGUGCCUGGGCUGGGCACCCUCCUGCUGGCACCUGGGGCAGGAAUUUGGGCACGAGAGGUGCCAAAGGGCUCCCAGAGGGACGAGUGGGAGGCAGACCCCAGCUCUGCAAAGGGCAGGGUUCCUCUCUUCACCAGCAGCAGGGACACAGAGCUGGGUUUCGCUUGGGAAGUGCCAGACCCAGGAGCAGGAGCAGGUCUGAGCCCUCUCUGUGCUGAUCCUGCCCCCCAGGGAAGCACUGCUGGAGCUCCCAGCAGCUCACGGGAGCCCAGGUUUGUCCCCCAUCCCAAGCACAUUUUUAGGGAGCCGAGCCCGGGUUGUGCCAGCCCUGUGCUGCUGGUGCCAGAGCAGGAGGGGUGGUGUUCAACAGCAGCACCAGCAGCGACCUCCACACCCCAGAGAAGCCCAAAAAUGGCCUUGGAGCUGAUCUACCCUCUCACGAGUGAGCUCAUCCCAACCUUCUCUCAGAGCUGAACACCUGAGGGAAGGGUUUUUUUUUCUGGUACAGUGCUCAAAGCAAUGACAGCAGCAUCCAUCACCACCUGGGGCUGCUUUUUGUGGGUGCAAGAGUCGCUUAAACACAAUUAAAAUAUUCCAGGCUGUUUGCUUUGGUGUGAA